AGACACAGACAGACAUCGCCCAGCAGAGCAGAGCCCGGGAAGGUCACUGCAAUCGCUGCACCGAGUGGAUCACAAUGCCCUACGUAACCGCUGUACAGUCAGAAAUAAUUACAAAUAAUUAGCUUGUAAGGAACGAAGAGCCAGAAUGAAACGUAUCGGAGAGGAAACCCAGAAAGUAAAUACAGUUUGAUGUUCCGAUGGUAUCAUCCGUUCUGACCCAAACUCACUGACCCACCUUCCUUUAUCUUUCUAUACCGUAAUAACGCAUUUUGCAUACCCAUCGCAAAUCCUUCCCAUUAAGUUAUUUGCUUAAUGGACGUAUAAAUAUGUCUACUACAAUUAUGCUUUUUAAGGGUCAAAUCCCAUCCACUCCUGAACCCACGCCUGUAAUUCCCACUGUGCUGGAUGGCAGCACGGCACAGACCUGUGUUGCUGGAAGGCGGCCGGCACAGCGGUGGUGCCACAGCCGUGCCCUGCUGCUGUGCCAGCCCCAUGCCAUGCCGGGUACGGGGACCUGCACCCGCCCUGCCCCCAAAGAAAACUUUCUCCCUUUUGUACUCCCACGUGUCGAAGUUAUGUAUGGCAUACUGCGAGUGUGACAAAAUGAAACUUCCACCAGUUUAAGGAGCAAAUGUUGAACUCCUGCAGAGCUCUGACAACAGAAACACCUAUCGACGUGUGCUGCAACAACGCAGUUCCCAAAGUUGGGGUUCUGUCAGUACUGGGAGUUCGCCGGGCCAAGAAUGCGAUGCGAUGGAGCUCCAUCCAUCCGCCCACCCAUCUCUCGGUGCCACCCCUGGCCCAGUCCGUGCGGGGAAGCAGAGCACAUCGCCCCGCAGCUAACACGAAACCGCACGGGAUUGAUUCCCCACGUGCCGGCUCCUGCUGCACCCCGAGAUGUGGUAACGAGGAGCCGAGAGCGGCAGCGGGACCCCGCGGGUGCCCCCUCCUCAGCGCGGGGCCAGCGGGGUCACGGCGGCGGUGCUGACCCUUACGGACCCCCCUCCCGUAACCUACAGACGCGGAGGGAAUUUCCAUGCGAUUCUCAUAUGACCUCCUGCUCACUGUGCUCCGGCUGUAAUGGAUGGGCGUUUGUGGUCUGGUACCAGGAAGGGUUCAUCCAACUGUGAAAUUUCAGAAAUCCUACACCAAAGUAUUUUAAACUGGCAAAUACAGCCAAGGAAACACACCGUGGCUUUUGUUUUGAGAUCUUGUGCACCCACGGUGGUGCAGGACAUCCUCCAGCAUACGGUUCCCUGCUUGUUCUCCUGGAGAAGCUCACGCAACCUCAGUCCCAGAGGCAGCACCUAAAGUUGACAUAAAAACUGGAAUACACUGACAAACAUAGAAUGCACCAUGUUCAGUUGUAACAGAACAGCUCUAUCCAUGCUUUCUUUGCCUCAGUACCCCUUUCCAGCUCACCUUCUCUUGUUGUGAAGACCAGAUGAGCUCCUUGAGAACCAAGACAGAGCCAGGAACAGGAUAUUGACACCCGGAGAGCAACUGAAACCUUAAUGAGAAAACCUAUUGUGUUGUAUACGGCCUGCCUUCCUGCAAGGUGCUGCACACGGGACCUUCUUGUCUUCUCGUUGUGUGCCCUCAUGGACGUACCUUCAUCAUCAUUCGUUAUAGAGAAGACGUAAGUUUGAAAGGGUUUACCACCACAGUUUCGAGUUAAUCUUCCUCUUUUGAAUGGAACAAUGGGAUUAGAAACCCAGAAAUAAGGAAAUUUAUGGAAGGGCUUGAAGCUCCUGGAAACUUCCAGCUCGGUAAGUGCUCCCAAACAGCUGGGUUUGUUCUAACACGCAGACACACCAACACACCCUGAGACGGCUGGUUGUGAACUUUCUCUAGGUUGCGUUUCCGUUCCUUGCUGCCCCUUCCUGCAGCGAUAUUGUUGGGUGUUUUCUUUGUUGCCCUCAGUCGGUAUCAGCAAAACUCCAGUGACUGUAACUGAUAUUUGAAAAUUCUCCCUGUGUCAUGCGAAGACUUACCGUGCUGAAAUCAAUAAGACUGUUUAAAAUUCAAAGACCUGCAAAUCGUUCUGUUUGUCCUUUGAUAGGGCCUGGGCUGAUUAAAAUGCGACCAAGAAAGCUUAAUUGCUGCACUAAUUAAGAAGUCUUUAAUUUCUUUCCUGGAAUAUUGUUUGAAGCUGGGUUUCUGCUCUGCACAUAGCACUGUUCAGGGCAGGGAUUCGCUCUGCUUCUCUGUCUCUUUUUUUCUUUUGACAAUUUCAGUAUAAUAAAAUGUAUGUUAAAGCAGUAA